AUGGACGAUAUUGUCAACCGACGACUCCUCCAAUAUUGGUUGGAAAGAGUGAGCCAAAUUAUCGUCCUUGAGCCAAAUAACAAUCCUUAUUCGUUUCCAAUCUUGGAAUAUAUUACAAAGUCAUGCGCACUGGUACGUAUAAUCCAGUCAGUCAGCGCCCGCCAUGAACAAUAUUCUUCUGCACAGGCUUCAGUCAUUGCCCUGGAAGAGAGAGGCAAAGCCCUAGAAUCCUUUCGAGGGGAGAUGGACCGGUUGGAGACAACACCACAAGCAUCUCUUCUUACUGCUAUGCUACUGGGACUGUCGCACGGAGCCAACGAUGACAUGGCUGAUUUUGGAAAACAACACCUAUUUGCAGCACGCAUUUUGAUCGGCAAACUCCUCCAGCACACCUCUAACCUUCUGGAAUAUGACAGCCUGUCCCGUUUAUGUUGCGGGAUGUAUAUCUACUGGGAUAUGUGCACUUCUUUCCUUGUGGACCCAGAUGAAGAACAGGAAUUCAACUCACUAGACUUGUCUAUCGCGGUCCGAAGAAUGGGCCGCUGGCAUCAUCCAAUGUACGGGUAUUGCACAGAGCUUCUCUUCAUAUUGGCGGAUGUGGGUCGUUACUCUCGGCAGGUCCUCCAUUCACCGCCCAAUCCCACUCGCGAGGCUUCAUUAGAGCAGCAGCUCUUGAACUGUGACGCGUGCUCUGCUAACUCUUCCCUGGAGCGGUUAUACGGGGCUUUUCGCAAGCAUGGCCUCAUCUUUCUUUACCGAACCAGUGGAUCCAAUGGGUUGUUUACUAAUACGGAUUUGGAGGAGUUUAGUUUGGAGGCUUUGAUCCAUCAUUAUGCAGUAGAAACAGUGCAUCUUCUCCUCGAGAUUCCCAUGGCCUCAAAUCAUUUGAACUUCCAGUCCCUUCCGCUGCUCACUGCUGGAUCGGAGCUGAAAAGUACAGACAGCGGUUUGCGAGGCCAUGUUCUGCAGAGACUACGAGCCAUGUACUCCCUUAACCGGCUACCUGCAAAUCUCCACGUGGCCAGACUCCUCGAGAACUGUGGGGCUUACAGGACAACGGCAAUCCGUCUUUCUGGCUACAUCACAUGCUGCAAAAAGGAUGGCGACUGCUUCUAG